CACUCACUAUGCGAGAUGGAGAUAUUCCUUAAAGUGAUCGAGUCUACCAUCUGUUGCUACCUCCUUUAUAUUCUAAAUGUCCGUAUUCGUGUCACUCUGUCACCCACACACUACCCUUCCCCCUUCAAGUACCUACCUUUACUCCUUAUUAAUUCACCCCUCCCCACCUUCCCCGACACCUUUCGAAUUACCAAACCUGUUGGUUCCUUAAUGGCCACAAACAUCGUCCAAGCAAAAUGGGAAAAUAACGCCGAACAAGAGGAAGAGGAAGAAGAAGACCAAGAAGAGGAAGAAGCCUUGUCUCUUUGCGAUCUUCCAAUCGACCAACCACCAAACCAACAACACUCUCAUGCCAACGAAGCAACACAAGAGGACUUCGAUUUCCGCUCAUGGGGUGCUCCCUUUGAAAUGUGUGUGGCCGAUGAGGUUUUCUUCAAAGGCCAAAUUCUCCCCUUGCGUCUCUCCUUCAGCUCCGAAGCUGGCUUAUUGGCCACACCCACAACAGGGUCUCAUAAAAAACAUUAUGGUAAGCAAUCAAGUUCCGAAUCCUUGGAUUUCACGAGUAAUAGUAGCAGUAGAAGUAGUAGUCUCAGAAGCCAAAACUCAUCAAGUAGCACUAGCUCCACAACUACAACUACUACAUCCCCAAGAGCUAGAAACCAGUUUCACACACACCCAAGUCCCAAACCUCAGUUAAGAGCACCGACCCCAUCAAGUUUGGGUAACCAAGGUAGAAAAUCAACGUCAGCAUGGGGAAUUUUCCGUCUGGGUGUAGUCCCUGCUCCCGAGAUAGGGUUACAAGACCUGAAGAUUCGUAAUAACAGAAGCUGCGUGAGUCGGAAUAGUAGUAGCGGUAGCAGCAACAACAGUGGAAAGAGUGUUAACAGGAACAAGGGCAGUCAUAACAAGGUUUUGAAACAGUUGGUUGGGAAAGGCGGUGGUCUAUUGAGUGGUUGUGAUUGUUCUCUUGAAACGGUGCAAUCGAACACGGUCAUGAUGAUAAAAGGUGGUGCUGCUGCCAAAAGCGUGAACAAGACAGAAAGUACAACGCACGCCGCGAAAGAAAAAGUGGUGGAGUCGAAGAAGAAGCACAAGGAGGGGAAGAAGGUUACGUCACGUCGUAGUAGAACGUUUGAAUGGCUAAAGGAGCUUCAUGCAACUCAUCCUGACGAAGAGCCUUUGUUAUCAAACGCAUCAUGAGUGCUGGUGUCGCAUGCUUAUACUUUACUUUUAUUAGAUUAGAUUAGAUUAGAUUAGAUUGGAUUGGCUUUCUUUCUUUACUUUUAUUUGAAUUAAAUUAUAAUAUUCUAGUCAAGGCGCUGUAAUCAAAAGUUCUUGCUUUCUCGUGAGAACGAGGUUGUAAUCAAUUUUUUUUUAAAAUUCGUUUUUUGAUGUUACUAUGUUGGUUGUAAAUUAAUUAAUAAUUGAAUUGGGUUUGUUGA